AUGCGCACACGAGUGUCCGGGCUGUUUCCCCCGCGAGGCGUGCUGGGGAGCCGGGUGUCUUGGCUACAAGUCUGGGAGGACUACAAUUCCCAGCAACGAGAGCGGAAAGCGCCUUGGAGUAUCGCCUGCUUUGGAAAGCGCCUCCUUUUCACGCGCAUGCGCGGCCGAGGGCGGGAAAACCGGCUUCCUUUUCUCUGCCUCAGGGACGAGGUCUUCAUGCCAAACAGCACGGAGCUCGAGGAGUACAUCCUUUCAGAGUCCGGGGUUGUCUUCAGGGGCGAUUACCGCAGCAUCAGUGGAAUGAGAUGGGAAUUUGGCCAGUUCCAGGAGGGCAUUCUGGACCCCUGCCUGUCCAUCCUGGACCAGAGCAUAGACCACCGCAAAGAACCGGACACUGACUUGCGUCGCCACAAUGACCCCAAAUACGUUGGGCGGGUGCUCACCUCCACGGUAAGGCUCACUCCCAGCUCGGGUGUGUUGGAGGGAAACUGGAGCGGCUAUUACUAUGAUGGGGUGAGUCCCAGCAGCUGGUCAGGAAGUGUGAAGAUCCUGCGACAAUGGAAGUCCUCUGGCUUUCAGCCGGUCCGCUAUGGGCAGUGCUGGGUCUUUGCAGGAGUGCUGACCACAGUGCUCCGGUGCCUUGGUUUCCCCGCCCGCAUGAUCUCCAACUUCAGCUCAGGCCACGACACCAACACGAACUUGAGGUUGGACACGUACUACAGGCCAGAUGGGAGCGUAUAUUAAAAAGACAGCAUCUGGAACUACCAUGUGUAAUGGUUCACUCGGUCUGACCUGGGUGCCAAGUACAAUGGCUGGCAAAUUUUGGAUGCGACUCCGCAAGAACAAAGCUCUGGCGUCUUCCAGUGCGGCCCGGCUUCCUUGGUGGCCAUCAAGGAGGGAGAUGUGGACCUGAACUAUGAGUGCCCCUUCAUCUUUGGCGAGGUCAAUGCUGAUAUAGUCACUUGGACUUAUGACACAGACAAACAGAAGUGGAAGAAGGCUUACGAAGACACCAGGAGCGUGGGCAAGAAAAUAAGCACCAAGGCCUUGGGCAGCUUCACUCGUCUUGAUGUCACCGACACUUACAAGUACUCAGAAGGCAGCAGCGAGGAGCGGGAGACCUUCCAAAAGGCCCGGGAUAAGCUGGACAUGAGCUCAAUGGCCAUGUCCGCCAUGGCCAGGCCCACUAUGGCCAUGCCCGCCAUGGACAUUCCCACCCUGCUUCCGGACCCUCCCAAGCCCAGAGUGACAGGAAAGUUCGAGGUAAAGAGUCGCCCUGAGGUUGGCCAGGACGUGGAGCUGGUCCUGCAGCUAACCAACCUGGCCCCUGCGGCCAGUACCCUGACGGCCAACAUGAAUGCCUGGACCAUCGUCUACACCGGGAAGCCCAUUCAUGAGGUCUGGAAGGACUCCCUCGCCCUGACGCUGGGCCCCCAAGAAGAGAAAGCUUUUCCCAUCAAGAUCUCUUAUGCGGACUACCAAAAGCACCUGACGACUGACAAUGUAAUCCAGGCGACAGCUGUGUGUCAGGUCAAGGAGGGAGCUGACACCGUGGUGUUGCAGAACAUCUCCCUGGAGAACCCCACCGUCACCUUGAAGAUGCCGAACCAAGCAAAGGUGGGCGAAGUGCUGAAGGUAGAGAUGGUCUUCACCAACCCACUGGCAGAAGAGAUCUCCUCUUGUUUGCUCCUGGCCGAGGGGAGUGACCUGCUGGAGGACGAGAUCAGGAAGGAGGUCCCACCAGUGAAAGGCAAAGAGACUGUCCGUGUCUGCUUCGAAGUCACUCCCAAGAAGAAGGGCGCCAAGCAGCUGCUAGCCAACUUCUCCUGCGACAAAUUCAAGGAUAUAAAGGCUUUCCAGGACAUCAAGGUGGUCGGCUGAUCCUGGUUCCUGGAGAGACCCCUCCCCAAAUAGAGGCACUCCCAAAGGAGAUGGAGCAGACCCCAAUGCAAGAGAUUGGGUGGCUCAGGGAGGGGGGGGUACGCUUCCCAGGCAUCCACAUUGUCUGUAUGGCCUUGCUUUAAUACAGGUUUUCUUGCUGCAA